UUAAUCCUGGGUUAAACUUAACCAUCUUUCGAGGAACCGGGCCCAGAAAGAUAUUUUCCCCACUGGUAUUUGUUGUUUACAGGAUGACUACAUAAUACAGUCAAUUCUUAAUCAAUUCAAACAGACGUUUUUCCCAAGUAGGUACUCCCAGAAAAGGACACUUGACUGAAAAUUAAUGCUCCAACAUUCUUUAGACAUAGUGAAAUCUUUUCUUUAUUGAUUUUGACAGUUUUGAUACAAUAACAGGUAUCUGUCUGAGCCAUCUUUCUCAAAACUAGUGAUGUCAUCAUAAGAUGAUGUCAACAGCUGUCAAGAAAAAUAAUGACCAUUAUCUUAUUUAUAAAGAAUUUAAUUGUCUUAAGUUUUUACCAUUGCAAGCCAGAGGAGUUUUUGGUUCCAACAACAUACCAGGGCUGUCAGUCAGGGCAGGGGACUGGGGCUGGUGAUUUCCCUUGGCUACUAUGAACAUGAACCGUUCUUAACUUUCGCUGAAAAAAAAAAAAAGGAAGGUGGAACCAAAAAGAACUAAAUUGCUCCAAGAAGCUGUUCAAUUCUCCUCCUUAACUAAUUGCAUAUACCUGCCAACUUGAACACUUGGGACACUUUUCAUUUGUCAGAACUGACUGGCCAGGCUAUUCUAAUCACAAUGAAAGUCUCACUUUUAAUCAAAACUACCCAACCAGAUCAAUCAAAUCCUACAUACAAUUAGUAGUAUGCAAAGGAGAUGGGUUUUCAUAAAAAAACUCUCGGAAAAAGCCUAUUUCAUUGUCACAAUGACUGGUCUGGCCUUAAUUUGCCAAGCCAGUUCUGACUUUGGAAAGCACCCUUUUUUUAAUACAGCCCACUGACAUCACCUCUCCUGAGCUGAGACUCUUUUUAAAGCCAAGGGUGCAGUUCACUAAUAUACAGAACCUUUACUGUAGUAUAAUUAUGUUUCUAUAACAAAUAUACCAUAUCUUUUUUUUCUUUAAUUUCAAUUUUAAAAGCUAUAGUGACGAGACCUUAGGUUAUUUUCCAAAAGUGUCUUUUUUUUUUUAAGGAUGAUGGCCAGGCUGAAGGUGAAGAUGACUUUUUUUCUCAAGAGUUUUUGGAUGAUGAAAAUGAUAGUUCAGAGGAAGGAAGUGAUGCAGUAAACACCAGUGAAACUACGCAAGACAAUGUAUCCACCUGGAAAUCCAAACAAGAGUUUUUACGACAAAGGAAACAAACUUAUCAGGUUAAAGAUAGUGUUCUUUUUAUCCUAUCCACUAUAAAAAAUUCCAGUUUAGUCACAGUGUUGAUUGUUUAUGAUGGUGAAUAAGUUCUUUAAAAUUGUUUGUAAAUCUUGUUAAAAGUGACUUUUCUUUUAUACGACUUCAGAAGAGAACUGAAAAAAAAAUAGUGGAGUUUAAAGUGGCUUUCGAAAAAUAAAACAGAUUGAAAUUAAAAGUCAAGUUUGCAAUACUUUUUCUGGUCCAAAAUUUCAAUACUUUACCAUCAGGGAAGCAAGGUUAGUGUAAAGCUUCAAAUAAGGUUUUUGUAGUUUUGCUUCAUUUUGUUUGAUGGUAAUCUACUUGUCUGUUUGUUUGUUUUUUCUAUUUCAUCCAUGUACUUUUAAGAAGCUUCCUGACGAACCAGAUCUGCAGGAGAAAGGGGUAUGUUUUUUUAAAAAAUUAUCUUUCAUUUCUUUUUAAAACAACUAAUGCUAUAAUAUCGGUUGUUAUAAACCCAUUUAAGGGGGGAUUCAUAAAUCUGCAAUAUACAUUUAGUGUCCCUCCACAUUGAAUUUGUUAGUCAUGGUGCCACCUUUUUUCUCUCAGUUUAAAUACUUCAAUGCCCUUUCGACUUCUAUAUCCUGUACCAGGUCCGAUGUCAAAUGCAGAUUAGCCAUAUUGUAAAUAUAACAAGUUCGGAUCAGCAACAUCCUGGCUGACAUGUGCAAUUUGUUUUUGCCACCAUUUAUACAAGAAGUAAAUGUGAUCUUGAAACUGAAAAGAUAACAGCUUAAUUGAUUUGCUCUCUGAAAGAGAAUUCCUACCAUGUGUAAGGAUGGAAUAACUUCAGGCUUUCUUCUGCAGUAAUUCCACUGCUGACUCUUGUGGGAUAUAAAAGACCCCAUGCUGCUGUUUGAAAAGAAUAGGGAGGGAGAAGACCUCGAUGGGUGUGGUUGACCAGGUUGAACGGGUGUACCAAAAAAAAUCUCAUUUUUAAUAGCGAAACUUUUCUUUGCGCUCCUUAAGCGUGGUUGGGGUCAGUUAGGACGUAGGUUUGUUUAGUGAAGGAAUGAAUUUAUUUAUUGAGUAAAUAAAAUUGUCUUUGAAUCAUAAGGUGAUAACUGUUGCCCUUCGAUGCCCUGAUGGAGCAGUUAAGAGACGGAGAUUUACAGUGGAGUCGCAAAUCAAGGUGAUGCUUACUAUACACUGCACAAUACACAAGCACAUAGAUGUUUUGGCUUCUUUGAAGGAAUUUAAUUAAUCAGCUGUUACACUUGCGCUUCUUGUCGUUCAUUACAUUGCGUUAUCCAUUUUUUCUUAACCAUUCAUUUGUUUUACCGGCGGCCCAGAAUGUGGGAGUUCGUUAGACUUUGAAUUUAUAAGAGUGGUAUAAAAAUAUACAAAUUACGUCCUAAAUUCCAUUUUUUUGACAAUAAAUAGAUAAGAAUGACUCACUUUGUGUUUUUGUUUUUAUUCUUUGAAAAAAAAAAAAAAAAAACAAAACAAAUACACUGGAAAUGGAAAAGAAGCUGUGACCGGGAAAACUGUGAAAGGCCUGUGACCUACGAUAAAGGUUUUGAUCACUGACUAGAAUCCUCCUCUUUGAUAAGAUUACGAUUCAGUUUCUUCAUCAGCUUCGUUCUCAAAAAACCACAAGUUAAAAUUUGGAAGGUGGAAAAUUAAAGUCCAAGUCAUCUUUGUUUACAGACAUAUGAUAACUUUCUUUACCAUUUUUAUUUUCGAGAUAGAAAGAUAUCAGCGUGGCUUUGAAAUCUUGCUGUACAGUAAGUUAUGGACCGCAAAUUGACCAAUCAAAGGGCGGAAACAGACUUACAAUACGUACAAUAAAAGUAAAAUAGCGCGUGCGAUCGAAUUGUUGCGCACGAGCUGUUCUAUGCAUGACGUAACAAACCGAGCAAAAAACCAUCAUGAACGAUUUGCCAAAGAAAAGACAGACCUCUCAGAUGGUAUGAUAUGUCUGGCGUCAAAGAUGGAAAUACAAAGAUUCGCCUUUAGUAGCAUAUUCACAGUGACAGUUAUCGCCAUGUUGUUUCUUUCUGUUGCUCGAAAUAUGGUAAGAAUACUAAAAAAAAUGGCAAGAAAAAUUUGUUUCAACGUUCGUUUCGCGAGUUUCAUGAAGGAGUUGAAAGAAAGAUAUCUUUCACGAACAACAGCAUCAAGAAGGAGGAAAAAGUAGGACGGUACGGUAAGAUGGAAGGCUAUUUUAAAAUAUGGCUAUGAGCUACGGAGGGAUCUAGGGUAAUAAUAGGAACGUUCUAAAAGGCGGCGUUAUUAUCGCUUGCCUGGAGAUUAGAUAAGAAAUGAGUAGGCGAUUAAUUCUACACGAAAGAGGAGUUACUCGCUAAAGGUUUUGCACUUCCUGUUACACGUGUAGCACGCACAUUUAUUUAUUAAUUAUUUAUCAUUUUACCUAGUAAAAUUAGUAUUUGGUUCCUGUGUACCACGUAGCCAGCUACGUAGUUCAGCCGUUUUCUGAAAGGAGACGACUUUAUUGUGUGCCUCCGGAGCAAGAAGAAAAAUAAGGCCGCUUCACGGCCAAAAAAGGCUCGCUCCGCUCGCUAAGAGGUCGACUUGUAGCAAGUCUAGUGAAGGCCUAGAAAGACAAUUACUGAUUUUAGAAGCCUUGUUUGCUAAGAAGCGUCCUCCAAAAAAACAGUUUGCUCGGAAUUCUGAUGCCUAGUCUACUUAUUCCAAUACAAGAAGUGAACAAGAAAGUCAGGACAAGUUCCAGCUUGAUUCUGGAGAGAGAAUUCCGUCGGCAAGCAAGUAAAGGCUCCGCUGUGAUGGACCAAGAGAAAUCCCGAGCGGUAAACGGAAAGAAAGUUUGCUGCAAAGCCACGCUUACAAAAAUUACCCUAUUUGGCGAAAUUAUGGCUGCCAAGGCUAGAGUAAACAAGAGGAAGAGAGCUUAAGGGUUUUAAAGCUCUGCUUCUAGAGUUAAGAAAGCAAGUAAAUAAAUCAUCUUAUUCAUCAAAAUGAUUUUUUUUACUUGCUUUCUUAACACUAGUGUCGAUCCUUCUUCCAGGAGAAAAAAUACUGUACUUGUGAUUCCAACUGUUAAGAAACAACGGUUUGCUAAAAAAAGGGUGCAGAGCACGAACAGACUAGGUUGUCAGGGGCAUACCUGACUGUAAGCCAGUAAAGCAUGGGUUAAAACAUAUUGGGGUGAUUUUUUUUCGAAUUGCCAAAUUGAAAAAGAGUCACAAUCUUUUUUUUGUGUUUCCAUUUUCCAAGUGCUUGCCAAAUGUAUCACUGAUGGCAUGCAGCUGCUCAAGACAGAGCACUGCUGCGCUCCUUCACUCUAGUUUUACAUUUAAAGUAUAGACACAUGUCACAAGACUGUGCACGGGCAGACAGGCGACGCCGAGUCUCGCCCCGUCUUGGCUGUAGUAACUGUCUUUGUCUCAAGGUCUACUAUGCGAGUACGCUCUACAGGUGCUCGCGCUUCUACAUGCGUACAGUUACAUGACCAUCGAUACAGACAAGGUGGUCCAGGAGUUUUGCACUAGGAAACCACGCAGUUUGGCACGUGAAUUCUGAACACAUGUACGCAAACCUUCCUUGACCCCAGCGCUUACCCUUCUGACUCCGCGCGUAAGCUCUUCCUUCCUCCCUGGCCUUCAUGUGCAGAAGAGCUAUGGGGUCGAGAUUGCUCCUUGUUCAUUUGAGCUUACAUUUUAUAAUGCCACUCUGAAACAGCUUACGUAAAAUGAUUGUAACUUAUCUUAAGUUACUUUACGGCCUGUCAAACCCCGGGUCUGACGCCAGUCAAAUGACUGUCAGUAUCGCUUGUCCAGAACUUGGUUCCAGUCUCCCAAACAAGAAGAUAUAGAAUAAAAAUCUUUUUAGCCUCGUUUUGUUGUUACGUACUGUCAAUAGCCCAGUUUCGAAUUAAAAAUUACCGCUGAAUACAAACAUCAACGACACAUUCAUACAGGGUUAGCAUCGAUAUAAAGUAAAAUAUUCACAAAUUCCGGCAAGUAAGUGUUUUCAAUUUGAAUAUACACAAUAGACACAAUAAUAAACAGGUCUUAUUUUCGGUAGAAUUUGUGAAUAUAUUUACUUCCGAUGGAGGCUAAGCCUGUAAAAAUGCGUCUUCACUUCUUUAAUUCAGCGGUAAUAGCGAACUCGAAACUGGAUCCUAUUUUUCUCCCAUCGAUUUAUUGCCGCGUGCUUCAGACCUUAUGGAGCUCCCAAGAGCGUCUCAAAGUUCCUAUUUUUGACGUCCGAGUCUUCUUCAUUCAAAAGACGUGGGUUAUUUUAGACAGAAGAUAAGAAAUAAGACUGAAAAGUGGAGAGCCAAUCUUUAAAACAUGCUUUAUCGAAAAGCGCAAUGCAUUUCGGUUUAAACUUUAUUCCAAUGCUGACUUUGGCAAACAUUUGUACGGACUCGUAUAAACAGUGCUGUAACAGAAUUUGCGUGGAAACAGGUUGUACAGGUAAAAAUUCGUUUCAAGCCAUUUAAUUGUUCUCAUUAAAAUUUGAACUAGGAAAUAACUAUCCUGUUUUUGGCAUACUUAUGCUUGCUCUUGCCUACAGUGGAACACCUCCUCACGACCACCUGGGUAAUAUGGUCACCUUGUUAUUACGGCUACGUUCUUUUGGCUGCCCGGCUAAACGAACAUACAUUUUAUUGUGAAAAACCCCCCGUUAAUACGGUCACCCGUUAAUACGGCCAAAUUUGUGUAUUUCUAUCUUUUGACCUUUGGUCAAUUUUCGUUUGACGAGUUCGGUUUGCAUUAGCCAACCUCAACAUACUGCUGUUUUGCGGUUUAAUUUUGGAUUACGUUAAACUGUUUUAAUUCUCUCUCUUUUAUCCUUAGAUGUUAUAUGUCUUCGCGGAAUGGCUUGGUUACUCGUCAUCUCGUUAUGUUAUCUCAACGACGUUUCCGAGAAAACAACUCUCUGAAGUCACACAGACGUUUUUGGAGGCUGGACUGACUGGGGAUACAGCUUUAGUAUUGGAAGAAAUAUAGAAUUAGAAUAUUUUAUAGAAAUAAGUAAACAAGUCGUAGUAAUAAUAAAACUAUUAUUAAAGGAGGAGACCAGUGAGGUUGGUUAUUGCAGUGGAUUUUCUGCAUUUAAAAGGUUAUUUGCACGAUGACGUCUUUUUGCUAGUAAGACCAAAAUUCAUUUGAUUUUUCUUGCAUAAUUAAAUUUUGUAAUCCCAAUGAGGGUUAAAUAAAUAACUCAAUUUGCACAGGAAAGCAAAACCCUGAAGGAUUCGGGAAGUGGUUGUAGUAAACAGUAGCAGUGGCAGUGGCAGUAGAAGUGGUAGUAGCAGUAGUAGUGGCAGUGGCAGUGGCAGUGGUAGUGGUAGUGGUAGUGGCAGUGGCAGUGGCAGUGGCAGUGGCAGUGGCAGUGGCAGUGGCAGUGGCAGUGGCAGUGGUAGUGGUAGUGGUAGUGGUAGUGGCAGUGGUUGUGGCAGUGACAGUGACAGUGGUAGUGGUAGUGGUAGUGGUAGUGGUAGCCGCUCUAUCGGAUCCGAUCUUGUUUCUUCCCGAGAAGUGGAAGCGGGAGGAGGGGCGGAGGGCUCAUUUCCCCAGAAGUGGCUGGCAACCCAGCCUAGCUCCAUAUUUAUGUCAUUGCGAACAAGCCACCUGGUAGACAUUUCUGUCCUAUAGCAGUAUGCAGCUGUAGUAACCAGAGUUAUAACCUCGACGCCUGUUGGAAGAGCUUGGAUAUGUUAUCGGGGU